GUGCUCGUCUUUGAUAGAUCCUGCUGGGAGCGGAAGCGUGCGGGAUUCUGCUCAAUCCAUCGCUUCAAAACAGGCAUUUGGAAAGAGAGACGAGGUCGGAAGAGUCUGCAUCUCUUUCCAACCCAUCGCCCCCCCCUCCACCCCUCCGGGCUCCUUUCAAGCGUCGCCGUGCUGCAUCAAUGAGGCUCUUUCAGCACGGGACAUGCUUCCUCAGGCCUGCACAGUCGCAUUGACCGCCUGCCUGGACGCAGGAGAGGAUUAAGUUACUACUGCUGGCGGUGGAUUAUUUUAUUGGCCUCCUGUCACGAUCGCGCUCUUUGGUGAUCCGUUUUCCAAUUAAGAGAGGUCGCCGCUCACAAACCACAAACCAGAUUUCUCCACAUCUAUUCCUCCGCAGACAUGUCUUUCCGUAGAGGAGUGGUCCGGCAGAGCAAGUUCCGGCACGUCUUUGCGCAGGCGUGGAAAACCGAGCACUGCAUUGAUGAUGUCAGGGUGUCCCGGGUGACGUGGGACGGGCCCCUCUGCGCCGUGAACCCCAAAUUUAUCGCGGUCGUCAUCGAAGCAGGUGGAGGCGGGGCCUUCCUUGUCGUUCCCCUCAGCAAGAGUGGCAGGAUCGACCAGUCCUGCCCCACCGUGUGUGGACAUGCAGCACCCGUGCUGGACAUCCAGUGGUGUCCUCACGAUGACAACAUCAUCGCAAGUGCCUCCGAGGACUGCACAGUGAAGGUGUGGCAGAUCCCAGAUGGCGGGCUGACCGGUCCCAUGACGGAGUCCAUCCUGACACUGGAGGGCCACAGUAAAAGGGUGGGGAUCCUGGCCUGGCACCCAAGCGCCUUCAACAUCCUGCUAACUGCAGGCUGCGAUAACGUGAUCUGCGUGUGGAACGUGGGCACAGGGGAGCUUGUGUACCAGCUCGCCGACGCCCACCCAGAUCUGAUCUACAGCGUCAGCUGGAAUAAGGAUGGCAGCGCUGUGUGCACCGUGUGCAAGGACAAGGCCCUGCGUGUCAUCGACCCGCGAAGAGGCACCGUCCUCAAGGUCAAGGAAAAGGCCCACGAUGGUACGAGGCCCAUGAGAGCCGUGUUCCUGUCGGAUGGAAAAAUCCUGACCACGGGCUUCAGCCGGAUGAGUGAGAGACAGCUGGCCUUGUGGGAUACUAAGGAUCUCUCGGAGCCAGUGGCGGUUCAAGAAAUGGACACGAGUAAUGGAGUUCUCCUGCCCUUUUAUGACUCCGAUACGAACAUGGUUUACCUGUGUGGGAAGGGCGACUGCACUAUCCGGUAUUUUGAGGUGACGGACGAGCCCCCGUACGUGCACUUCCUCAGUCUAUACAGCAGCAAGGAGCCGCAGAGGGGGGCGGGCUUUCUCUGCAAAAGAGGCGUGGAUGUCAACAAAUGUGAAAUAGCCAGGUUUUAUAAACUUCAUGAACGAAAGGUGGAACCCAUAUCAAUGACUGUACCACGGAAGUCAGAUCUGUUCCAGGGCGACCUCUACCCGGACACGGCCGGCCUGGAGCCGGCGCUGCUGGCUGACGAAUGGAUCACCGGGCAGGACGCGCCGCCGCUGCUGGUCUCCCUGAGCGGCGGCUACAAUGCUCCCCAGUCCAAACACAGGGAGACCCUCCGAAACAAGCCCUCGCUCGUUUCUCAGGACUCCGGCACCACCCCGGCUUCAGCCGCUCCCACAUCUGCACCCGCCGCCAAGGAGACGGAAGAGGAGGCCCCGCAGCCACGAGUGGCCGCCAGGGAGACGGACGAAAGCGGCGAGAGGCCACGGAGAGAGGAUGACGUGUUGAGCGAGUUGUUGGCAGAAAUGAAGGCUUUACGGGCCGUGGUACUUGCUCAGAACCAGAGGAUUGAGCUGCUGGAGAGGCAGCUGGCCCGCAUCGAAGACGGGGACGUAUGAGGACGCAGGAGCUGCACUACAUUCCGACAGCGUUCUUGAUAAACCUUAGACCUUACUAGAGUCAACAGUACCUUAAGCUGUGUGAGUGUGUGGGGGGGGGGUGUAGUGAACUGU